ACCCAAAAGUGAAAUUGUGUAACACUUUUUCUUCAUUUUCUAGCAUCUUCCUUGUGUUUUCUUCUUCAUUCAAAUUUAUAUUACUGAGACUAGAGUGUUAACAAAGAAGAGUUUCAACAAUGUGGUCUAACAGUGAGAAUAAGGUCAAAAUGAGAACGAGAAGUAGCAGCAGUACUAGUAGCAGUCCUCGCUCUGUUCUCAGCAAAAAAAGCAAGAAAAAAAGCGUCACUAAUGAACCUCAACAAUCAUCCAAGUCGAAACCAUUGGCUAAGAAAGCUAGAAAACAUAAGUUGCUUAGUGAUUUACGAAGACAGCUUUCGAAGAACGAUACUAGAGAUGAUCAAAAGAUGAGUCAUGAUGAUGAUGAUGAUGAUGAUGAUGAUGAUCAGCUUCUUAUCAACUUAUUUCCUUUACACCCAAAAAGGUCAUUAAUUAAGGAAAGUGAUAAAAAUAAUCAUAGAAUGAAAGAUCUGCAACAUGAGGAAGAUCAUAACAACACCGUAGUUACUUAUAAUUUCUUUGAUACUACUACUGAUUGUGGAGCUGCUUCUUUGACUGGUCUUUUAUGGGAUUCAAUAGAAGGAGUUGAUAAGCAGUGUUCGACAGAGCAGCAGGAGGAAUCGUUAUCUCCGCAGUCGCUAACGUAUAGUUUCCAAGGAGAAGCUAGUGACGGAUUAUAUGGUAAUUCAUUGUUGCUAAGAACGGCUUUGAGGCAAAAAGAGAGAGAGAUAGAUAGUAGCACUACCGAGGAAAAGUGGGUUUUUUAUUCAGAGGUGGUGGAGAAGAAAGAAGAGGAAGAUAUGAGUACGUGCACCCUAGAUAGUGGCAACCACUACUAUAAUACUAGUACUCAAAUCUCCCCGCGGUUGUCAUUGAAGCUUGAUUAUGAGGUGAUCAUGAAUGCGUGGUCAGAUAGAGGCUCGUUAUACAUCGGAGGAGAUUGCAGCUCAUCUCAGAUUGUUCCAGAUAUCCUUGAUGACCCUCUUACUCCAGAUAGCACCAACAAUGUAACGUAUGGUGAUGCUGCAGGAUGUAUGCUGUGGAAGGUACCAGAACACCACCUUCGCCAUGAUGGGGCACAAUCCAUUAGAGAAGAUCACAGUAAAAUGAUGGAAGAGAGGGAAGCUAGGGUGUUAAGAUACAAAGAGAAGAGGCAAAAUCGGCUGUUUUCUAAGAGGAUCCGUUAUGAAGUUCGGAAGCUCAAUGCUGAGAAACGCCCUAGAAUGAAGGGUCGAUUUGUGAGAAGAAGCUGAAUGUAUGAGUUAGUUUAGUUGUUGUAUAAAAGAGCAAGUGUCGAUGUUACUCUUUUUUUUUUUGGUUUGUUUGUUUGUUUCUUUACCUUCUUUUCUUUUUGGUUUCAUUGUAAUGCUUUUGUUUUUAAGCCAGAGGAAUUAAAGGACAAAGUUGUGAUA